CGGAUUUUUCCUUUGAUGUUAGCGUCACAAGUUCCCUUGCCACUUUGUCUUGUAAUUUUUUGUUUUUUUCUUUUUGCACACAUCAGCUCCUUCUUUAGCUUACUUCCUGGUAUAAUAUUUAGAUGGAAGCAAACAAUCUCCCUCGUCAUUUUAUGCCUUAUGCCUUAUACCUUAUGCCUUAUGCCUUGAUUUCCUCCUAUUGUCAAGCACUGGCUGCCAAAAGCAUUCUACAUUGCGGCAAGAUAAAUACGCAUCGUUUGGAAUGAUGCUGGCGCAGUU